AAAAAAGAUACUCACUCAAAUGGUGCUUGAGUGCAUCAUUGAAGAAGGACGACAAAAGAAAUUAGUGUUUGGCUAGCGUAUUCACGUGAUCGCUGUGGUAUAGAGAGGUGAGAAGUCUCUACAGAAAAGUAUGGGAGAGUUUUGUCGAUCGUUUUCGACUCCACACACCGUUUUCCUAAUCAAGUCGUUCGUGUCGUCUUAGCUGCUAAAUGAUUUCGAUAUGCCGUGUUGUAGGCAGAAAGACACGGAAGACGAGUAGGUUCUACUUCUUUAUAUCAAGUAAAUUAUCAUCGACUAGACAACAAGCAAAUUCGAAGUAGGCAAUACAAUUUCUAGAACUAGAAAUAAAGGAAGAUGGCAGAGUCGGGUCAACAGUCCAGGCCAUCGCUGGCCAAGGCUUUGGAGCAGACGGGUGAAAAUCAGAAGUUGAAGGCUUACAUCGCAGACAGGCUGGUUCAAUCUGGGUGGCGAGACGACCUCAAGUCCUACGCAAUUGAGUAUAUUAUGGUGAGACCUUGUCGUUGACAUUCCUAUAUAUUAACUCCUCUGACGUACUACGCACAAGAAUCUUAACAAUGAUCCUAAGCAAUUCUAGUACCUUUCGUGUAAUAUCUCCUGCACUUGCAUCUACUUGCAUCUCCGUCGUCCUACUUUCAUAUGCAUCAAGACCAAGGGCUCAGAGAAGACGAGCAUUGAGGACAUAGUGGCGGAAAUCGCGCCACGAGGCAGAGCAACGGUUCCAGACUCUCUACGUGCUGACGUGCUACAAAAAGUAAGGGAUUUCGCGAAGAUGCAAGGAUUGCAUUAAUGCUGAGAAAGAUCUUGCAAGGUGGUUUGCAGGUGGUUUGCACGACUAAUGUCCACCCUGUGAAGAGAACUAUCAAUAUGAGGACUGCUGUUUGAUGAGUACUUCUCUUUCUGAAAUCAAUAAGAAGCGCGUAUGAAGAUCUGAUACCUCUAUGAAGACGGAGUUGUAACUGUCGGGAUAUGCCAGGAACCCGAGUAUAAUGUUGGACCUGCUCUACCCAAAAGCAUGAUGACGGCAGCUUGGCCCUCUUCUAGUGAAGGAUUCAGCGAGGUGAAUGCAAUAGAAAUUCGAAGUGACAAGAUGGGUGAAGAAGUUAUUAUACAUAGGGGAUAGAAAUAGAAUGUUGUCCCAGUAGUUGUCCCAGAGGAGUUGAGUGGCACGAAAAACAGGUAUAGCGCGUGGCGAGGGAGAGAAGGGUGAAAACAGGAGCCAGAGAGGUGAAGAGAGAUUUUCGUCGUAGGAAACAUAGAGAGAGCAGAGUGAAGUUAGGUUUUAGAUUGCAGAUAAGAGAUGUGAGUGGACAGCAUCUUUAGUUGGUAGAAGAUAAGCAGACCGAUAAGAAAGGCUCGUCCCAGAAGAUCCGUGUUGUAGAAGUUAAACAUGAUUCGCUGACUCAUCCGAUAAUUGCUACUGACUUGUUUUGUGAGAACAAAAAA